AUGGAACAUGAAUUUCGAGAAUUUUCGACAUCACCAUUACCCUCAUCAAUUACAACUGAUGAGAUUAAUAAAAGUUCUCGUAUGGCUCGUUAUGAACGACCACCAACAGCAGUUGCAAUGUCCAAUUGUCAAUCACCAACAACAGUGCCAUCGGUUAAUAGUCGACAAACAGAAGCAGAGCGACGUCUUUUGUUGGAAAAAGAUAUAUCUGAUGCACAUGAAAAAGGUUUCUGGGUUUGUCGCUUAUGGCAAUUAUUAUUAACAUUGAAUAUAACUAUUAUUCUAAUAACAAUUGUACUUAUACUCUUACUUAUUUUCAUCAUUGGACCUCUUUCUCCUUAUAAAACUUAUGGUCAAUCAUGUAAAGCAUUAUCAUGUAAUCCAGCUCAUGGACUUGUUUGUAGCACAAAAUCUAUUUGUUUAUGUCCAUCGACUGAUUCUUAUUGGUCACGUAAUGAAACAGGAUGUCGUCGUUGUCCAAGUGGAUGGUCUAUAGUAAAUGGAAAAUGUAUUUUUGUAUCAACAUUUAAUUUAAAUUGGUCAGAUGCAAUUACCUAUUGUAAAUCAUUUACUGCUCAAUUAUUAACAUUAUCAACAACUAAAUUAUAUUCAAGUUUAACAUUGUCUCAAAUAAAUAAUUUAGUUUCAUCAAAUACAAAUUAUUUUAUUGGAUUAUCAGAACAACCAAGUGAUUCUGGUAUGUUCUUUUUCCAUAUUUAA